GGCGCUGGAGCUGCGGGAGCGGGAGGCAGCAACAGAUGAAGCGGCGGGGCCCGCUGGCUCCUCUCCGCCACCCGGCCCCGCUGCCCGCGGGCCGCCGCCGCCCUUAGCGCCAUGUCCGCGUCCCGGCGGGCGGCGGGCGGCGAGGCGGGCGGGGGGCAGCCCAUCGUCUGGCGGAACGUGGUGCUGAUGGGGCUGCUGCACCUCGGCGCCGUCUACGCGCUCAGCCUGGUGCCGCGGGCGCAGCCGCUCACCCUGCUGUGGGCUUAUUUCUGCUUCCUGCUGACCGCCCUGGGCGUGACGGCCGGCGCGCAUCGCCUGUGGAGCCACCGCUCCUACAAAGCCAAGCUGCCCUUGCGGAUCUUCCUGGCUGCAGCUAACUCCAUGGCUUUCCAGAAUGACAUCUACGAGUGGAGCAGAGACCACCGUGUGCACCACAAGUACUCGGAGACGGACGCGGACCCGCACAACGCCCGGCGCGGCUUCUUCUUCUCCCACAUCGGGUGGCUCUUCGUGCGCAAGCACCGCGACGUCAUCGAGAAGGGCAGGAAACUGGACUUCACCGACCUCCUGGAUGACCCUGUCGUCAGGUUCCAAAGAAAGUACUAUAAGAGUUCAGUGGUGCUGAUGUGCUUUGUCAUCCCUACCUUUGUGCCGUGGUACCUCUGGGGCGAGAGCCUGUGGAAUGCCUACUUCCUUGCCUCCAUCCUCCGCUACACCGUCUCCCUCAACGUCACCUGGCUGGUCAACAGCGCCGCUCACAUGUACGGCAACCGCCCCUACGACAAGUACAUCAACCCCAGGCAGAACACCUUUGUCACUCUGGGAGCCAUUGGUGAGGGUUUCCACAACUACCACCACACCUUCCCGUUCGACUACUCGGCCAGCGAGCUGGGCCUGAAGUUCAACCCCACCACGUGGUUCAUUGACUUCAUGUUUUGGUUGGGGCUGGUCACUGACCGCAAGCAGGCUCCCAAGGAGAUGAUCCAGGCUCGCAAGGAGAGGACUGGAGAUGGCAGUGCUUGAGAAGUCACGUUUUGCUGGGCCACUGCUGUCACACGGGUGGGGGGGUGGGGGGGUGAGUGUGCACCCCCGUGCCUCGGGUGGAUUUCUUUUCCUGUAGGUAUGGAUUUUUCAGAUCAGUUGGGCUGAAUUAAUUCCCCGGGAGCAGGUUCAGCCCCAGCUUUUUUUUUCCUUGACUGGCUGUCUUACGUCCAAACUUCAGUGUGAAAACGUUACGUAUUAUUUAAUGUUAUAGUUAAACAGGAGAGAGAUUUGAGUUUAGUCACUGUAGUUCGUGUCUGAAAUACAUUGUAAUUUGCUUGUUCAUGGUAGUCCUUGGAGGAGAUAACUAUCCUUUCCUGCAGUUGGGGGAGAUUUUUGUUUCUGCUCUUCAUCACAUAUGCUUCUGAGACAUAUCUCUCCGAGGGGAUGGGACAGGCCCCAAUGUGCUCUUUCAGCUACAGGCUCAUGGGAAGAGCACUGAUGAAAACCAGGAUGUCCAUGGGGGGAAAAAAAAAAUCAGCCUAAAUGUAUGGAGACCUUAGUUUCAAAACCUGUGUUCUUUUUGUUAGCCCUGUUAGCCAGCCCCGUGCUCUGCUGUCUUUGCUAAAUAUGAAAACCAUUUAUUGCUGAGCAGGCUUUUGUGUUGAAGAUUAGUCUCUAUACAGGCCAAAAUACCAGCUGAUGCUGUGUUGAGAUGACUCCUUUGUUGUCGCAUAUACAUUGUAAUUUGUAAAGGUAGACAGCUCAACCAUGUCUUUCAGCCAAAUCCAGCUUCAGUGUUUGGAGACCUGAGUUCCUAUUCUAAGUGGUCAUGGCCAUUGAUGCAUGCAUGUUUUCAGCUCCUUUUGCACAAGAAGCCUCUUAAUUUCUUCUUCUGCCUUUGACUAGCGGGGUCUGUAGAAGACUGACCUUGAUCUAAGUCAAAGUCUCUACUAAUAUUUCAGCUGCAUGCAACAUCCAUUGGUUUCUGAGCAAAAUGUGAAGACAGUUACGUAGCUUCUGAAUUUUAACAGUUGCCUUGUUUAAAAAAAAAAAAUAAUAAUAAAAAAUUUAAAAAGCUUUUAAAAAAAAGAAAAAAGAAAAAAAAAAAAGGCAUGUGGAAUUAAUGGCACGUAGAGCCCUUUGUGUUAGGUGCUCGCCAGUGCAGGAGGGAGGCUUUGUGCUGUCAGCACUGGAGCACUUUUGAAGGUAGAGGGCGUGAUUUUCCAUUUUCCAAAGGUCACCGCCUUGCCCCUUGGACAGGGAGCGCCCAUUUUCCAGCUGCACGGCCCCACACCCUGAGCAAGGCAGGGAUCUCAAGAGAACUGAAACUCAGGCCCAGGUAUUUUCAGGAAAGAUGUAGAACUGGAAAAAAAAAAAAAAGAAAAAAAGAAAAAAAAGAAAACAAGUUUGGUUUUCGUUCGUUUCCUGGUUUGUUUGGUUUUUUUUAAUGAUGCCAUAUGAUAUUAAAAGAGUUGUCUUUAUUCUGUAUUUCAUCCAGCAGGUGUUCUAACAGUGUUACUUUGCCAUUAAUGAUGUGUAAACUCUUGAGUGAUUUACAAUAAACAGUUAUGAGUUA